AUCAUUCGUCAGUUGAUAACUGGCAAUGGAUGAAGCAAUACACAAUUCUGUCGUAGAGGAAAACUCUAGCGAAACCAUCGCUACAGCUGAUGUAAGCGAUGUUAUCGACAUGAAUAAUUGCAAAACUCGAAAACCUAAAUGCUCUAGAUGUAAAAAUCAUGGCAUUAAUAUCGGUAUUAAAGGUCAUAAACGCUAUUGUCCCUACGGCUAUUGUACAUGCGAUAAAUGCAUCCUCACAGCCGAGAGACAGAGGAUAAUGGCACAGCAAGUGAAGCUGCGUCGAGAACAGGCUCAAGACGAAGAAUUAAAAAGAAUAAAAGAAUUACAAGAGCAAAAGAAUAGAGAAAAUAAAACAAAAGAAAAUGAAAAUAAAGAAGAAAAUGUAGAGGAAAAUCAGCAUUUGGUUUGUUCAAACGCUGUCAGUUCUAAUGAAAAUAUGGAUAUGAGCAAAACACAAGAUAUUGUUGAAGACAGGGUUCAAGUUAUGAAUGCAGUGGAUUCUUUGAUGUCUGUUAUAAAUAUACCUGACGAUGUUGCAUUCGUGGUUGUUCUUUAUGCUAUGCUUAAGGAAUGCAAAUUUAAUAUGGUAACAGCAUAUAACAAGAUUAUAGAAGCACAAGAAGAAUUGAAAAUUCUCCACGACUCGUGUUUCAUUUCUCCAGUUAUGUCUAUCGGUCCAACUAACGUUUUCGAAAAAUCUGCCAAUUCGCUAUAUCAGUGUCAUUAUUACCCACCUCACUGCAUAUUUCGUAGUAAUGCUACAUUGAACAAUAUGAAUGAUAACGAUAGAAAUACUCGACUGAUUAACACUUUUGAAUAUUUUACAGAAGAUGGAAGAAAACUGUCUAAAAUUUCACAGACUGAAGAACUUUCGGAAGAUGAAAGAGAAAAUGACUUACCAAAACUUUUAAGGGUAGUUACUUUACCGCCGUGAAUUUUAAUCUUAAUGAUGAUUCUAUAUAAGUUUACAUACUGUAGAUGUAUACAGUCACCACAACAAUAUAUGUUUUUAUUAAUAGAAUAAUCAUCAAUUUAUAAUCUUAAAAUAUUUGUCUUAAUGGAGUCUAAAUUUGAAGAAAUUGGGAAAAUGAAUAUCUGUACGGUUAUAUUUAAGCGUAAUGUAUGCUGUUAAUAUCUAAUUUUUAAGUAACCUAGAUUAUAUUAUUAAUUAGUUACAACUCUAUUCGAAGAACUGGAAAUAUGAAAAAAAUAUAUAA